AUGUCGAAGAUCCAUACACAUGCUCCAAAGACAAGCCAUGCAGCAACGGUGCUUGCUGUGGUGAAAGCGGCAACUGUGGAUAUGGUCCAACAUACUGUGGCGACGGCUGCAUGUCCAACUGCAACGCAACUGCCGAUUGUGGACUAUAUGCGAGGAUCCCUGGCCAAGGUUGCCCUCUGA